AAACUUAACUGGAUGUUUAUCAUCUGUGGGCUGUGGCAUUAUCUUGAGAUUUAAAAAUAUCCAAGUUGGAAGCUUAUUUAUUUGAUUCUUUUAUCCAAGCUGGAAGCAAUUUGGAUUUGCAACACUCCAUGAAAAUUUGUUUAAGCAUACCUUGGAAGUCACCACACAGACCAUACCGACACCUUCUAUUUAAACCCUUCUGAUCGGAAAGAGACCUUAGGGAAACCACCACUCCAUGACAGCUGACUCUCUCCCCAUCCCUCUAUCUCUCUCAAUGGAACCUCUUUCUAAGGCCAACCACGGCCCUCACUCUCUGCUAUUCAAGCAUCUCCUCUCAACUCUCUUGGAAGUUCUAAGACUUUCCACUCUUGCACUUGUGAUUUCACUAGAAGCAAUCUUUAUCCUUCAAAAAUGGAAACCCAUUUUCCAUUUCCUCUUGCUUUCUAUUUUCCUUUUCAUUUUUAUCAUCGAACCCUACUUCCUAAGUUCCACUCCAGUCUACCUUGUAGACUUCUCAUGUUUCAAACCACCAAAUUUCUGUAAAGUCCCCCCCUCUUCUUUCCUUGAAAAUGCAUCAAAGAUUGGGUCUUUUGAUAAAGAAAGUGUAGCUUUCAUGGCCAAAAUCCUCACUUCUUCUGGUCUAGGUGAAGAAACUUAUCUCCCUCCAGCCUUACACUGCAUUCCGCCAAAAUCCCAUCAACAAGAAUCCAUUAAAGAGGCUGAAAUGGUUCUGCUUCCCAUCAUGGAAGACCUCCUCUCCAAAACUAAAAUCUCUCCUCAAGAUAUUGAUAUACUUAUAGUGAACUGUAGUGGCUUCUGUCCUUCACCUUCCCUGUCAUCCAUAAUCAUCAACAAGUUCUCCAUGAGAGAUGAUGUAAGAAGUUUUAGCCUUUCUGGUAUGGGUUGUGGUGCAGGAGCUAUAGCCAUUGACAUGGCUCAGAACCUCUUGAAGGUUCACAAGAACUCCUAUGCCGUUGUUCUUAGCACUGAAAUCUUAUCUACCGGUUGGUAUCCUGGUCAUGAGAGAUCCAAGCUACUCCUUAACUGUAGCUUUAGAAUGGGAAGUGCUGCCAUCUUGCUUACAAACAAAAAUGAAGCCAGAAAGUCAUCAAAAUACAAGCUUUUUUCAUCAGUAAGAACCCAAAGAUCCUUUGAAGACAAGAGCUACAUGUCUGCAUUUCGUGAAGAAGAUUCUGAAGGAAAAAUUGGGGUUACAAUCCACAGCGAUGUGUUCCAAGUUUUUGGAGAAGUUCUCAGGUUUAAUAUAAAAAUUCUUGGUGCACAGAUCUUGCCUCCUUUGGAAAAAUUUUGGCAUGGCGUUUCAACAAUUAGAAAGAGAUUUUUUGAAAAGUCAAGGGAGAUUUAUGUGCCAAAUUUUAAGAGCGUGAUACACCAUUUUUGCUUGCCAACUUCAGGGAGGCCACUAAUUAGAGAGAUUGCAAAAGGGUUGAAGCUUGGUGAGAAUGAAGAUGAGGCUGCUUUGAUGACACUCCACAGGUUUGGAAACCAGUCUUCUUCUUCGCUGUGGUAUGAGCUGGCUUAUAUGGAAGCUAAGGGGAUGGUCAAGAAAGGUGACAAGGUGUGGGUACUUGGGAUGGGAACUGGGCCAAAAUGUUGUAGUCUGGUCUGGGAAUGUUUUCGGCCCAUAGUUGAUGAGUCCAGUAAAGGCCCAUGGGCUGACUCAAUCGAUCGAUAUCCCAUCACCCCUUAGUCAAAGGGAUUAUUCCCAUGAAGUCCUGAUUAAUUGUGUUUUGAAUUUAUGAAAAUGAAUUCCAUGUAUUCGUGAAUAAUAAGAUUGUGAAAAAUCCUCCUAAGAGAAAUUUAAAUAUAUAAUUUUAAAUAAAUAA